AUGCCUCCGGGAGGCGGAGCAGGGGGAGGAUUCCCUGGGCUCAGUUUUGGGCAGCAGUACCAGAAGGGAGAGGCGUUGAAGCAAUUUAGUGUUGAUCUCACGGAGUUGGCAAAACAAGGAAAGCUGGACCCAGUAAUUGGCCGGGAUGACGGCCCACCUGGUGUCGGUAAAACAGCAAUUGUCGAAGGCCUCGCUAACCGUAUCAUCGCAAAGGAAGUUCCAGAGUCUUUACACAACAAGCGUGUGCUGUCGAUUGAUCUCGCCGCCAUCGUAGCAGGCUCUGGAAUUCGAGGCCAGUUCGAGGAGAAGUUCAAGGCACUUAUUAAGGACAUUGAGGAGGAAGCCAGCAACGUCAUUUGCUUUAUCGACGAAAUUCAUACUCUGUUCAAUAUCGGAAAGGCCGAAGGAAGUGUGGAUGGAGGGCAGAUGAUUAAGCCUUCGUUGGCGAGAGGCCUUCGAUUGGUUGGAGCUACGACUCCUGACGAGUACCGCAAAACUAUUGGAAAGGACGCUGCACUCGAACGUCGAUUCCAACCAGUGACCAUUGAUGAACCGACCGUUGGAGCAACCAUUUCCAUUCUCCGUGGCUUGAAGCCCAAAUACGAAGUACACCAUGGUGUCGAAAUAUCGGAUGGCGCGCUUGUCACAGCUGCUGUUUACUCCGCAAGAUACAUCUCCGACCGCUUCCUCCCCGACAAAGCCAUCGACCUCGUCGACGAGGCCGCUUCGGCUCUCCGACUCGCCCAAGAAAGCAAGCCUGAUGAACUGGAGGCUCUCGACAGAGAAAUCAUGACCCUUCAAAUCGAACUGGAAAGCUUGAAGAACGAAACGGAUGUUUUCAGUGUGGAGCGGAGGAACAAGGUUGAAGAGGACCUUAAGAUCAAACGGGAGGAAGGCGAUCAGUUGACCAAGUUAUGGCACGCCGAACGCGAACGUCUCGAGAAGAUCAAGGACACCAAGAAACGCCUCGAAGACGCCAAGUACCAACUCGAAGUUGCACAAAGACAGGGUCAAUAUGAGCUGGCUUCCCGACUUCGUUUCGCGACGAUUCCAGAGCUGGAACGGCAGCUCCCGAACGAGACCGAAGAGGAACCUGAAGGUCCCUUGUCGAUGCUCCACAACCGGGUCACCUCGAACGAUAUCGCCAGGGUGGUCGGCAGGGCCACAGGUAUCCCGGUUCAGAACUUGCUGAAGGGUGAGCGUGACAAGUUGGUUCAUAUGGAAGAGGCACUCGAGGCUCGGGUCGUUGGCCAGGAUCAUGUCGUUACUGCCAUCAGCGAUGCGGUGCGGAUUUCGAGAGCAGGCCUGCAAGCACCCAACCGUCCUGUCGCCUCGUUCUUGUUCAUGGGUCCUACCGGUGUUGGCAAGACCGAGCUUUGCAAGGCCCUCGCUGCCUUCUUGUUUAACGACGAGAAAAGAGGCUUGAUCACCAUUAACAUGUCCGAGUACCACGACAGACAUACCGUGUCGCGUCUAAUUGGCGCUGCUCCCGGUUAUGUUGGCUACGAGGAAGGAGGUCAACUAACCGAGGCGGUCCGCCGAAAGCCAUACGCCGUUAUCCUCUUGGACGAGAUGGAGAAGGCCCACAAGGACGUCGCGCUCAUUCUCCUCCAGAUCCUUGACGAGGGAACGAUCACCGACAGUCAAGGCAGAAAGGUCGACUUCAAGAACACGAUCAUCUGUAUGACCAGCAACAUCGGCAGCGACAUCCUGGCCAACCCCACUGCCAGCGACCCAAAAACCGGCGUAGUCACGCCUGAAGCCAGGGCGGAAGUGAUCGAGAGGACGCACGAGUACUUCCCUCCUGAGCUUCUCAACCGGUUGGAUUCCAUCCAGGUCUUCAACAAGCUCUCUCGCAAGUCCAUCCUGUCUGUAGUUGAUCUUCGUUUGAAGGAUGUGGCGCAGCGUUUGGAGUCGCGUCGUAUCACGUUGGAUGUGGAUGCUGCUGCGAAGGAGUGGCUGGCGAAGGCUGGUUACUCGGAUAUGUAUGGCGCUCGUGCCAUUGCUAGGAUUGUGCGCACGGAUUUGCUGUUCCCGUUGGCUCAGAAGCUGUUGAGGGGUACUAUUCGGGAUGGUGAUACCGUUCACAUUACCGUUUCUGAGGACGCCAAUGCCCUCAAUAUCAAGGACAAUCAUCCCCCCGAUCCUACCCUCUCUCGACCCGACUCUGAAGUCAACCCCGUAGAACAACCGCCGCUCACGGAGGAGGACAAGGAGGACAACUAA